AAGGGCGACGUGUUCGGCGACAACUUUUGGAAGGACACGUCGUCCUCCCAGCAACAGCUGCACCAGCAGCAACAGCAACACCAGCAAGAGCAGCAACAUCAGCACCGCCAGCACCAACAGCAACACCACCAACAGCAGCAGCAACAGCAACAGUCGUCGCAGCCGGUGUACGGCAUGGGCACCGGGGGAGGGGGGUUAAUCACCGGCGCCCAGGGCGGCGACGGUUGCGCGGGUGACGACGGCUCUGGCAAUUUGUCUGCAGGCAAGGGCGACGUUUUUGGAGAUUCGUUUUGGAAGGACUCGGCCAUCGGCCAGUCGGCGGCCAACGUUCGCGCGCUCACCUACUGCGACCUGCACACCAUCAAGAGGGACCGCCUGCUGGAGGUGCUGGACUUCUACCAGGCCUUCGCCAACUCCUUCGCCAGGAACCUCGUGCUCACCUACAACCUCAGGCACCGGCUCAUCUUCCGCAAGGUGGCGGACGUGCGACGCGAGCGCGAGCUGGCGGAGCGGCGCAAGAAUGAGCCGCAGCUGGACCAGAACCAGGACCACCUGGUGCGCAAGAUCUUCUCCAAGUUCCGGCGCGACCGCGCGGCCGCCGCGCAGCGCGAGGCCGCGGCCCAGCAGCAGCAACAGCAGCAGGUGCGCGUAUCCCCC